AUGCCCUCCUUAGCCUGUUUCCGAUCUUUCCAAGGUGUUUUAGAAGACCGCGCGCACUGGGGCAUGACCCUAUUUCCGUUGUCCCUCUAUGACCCUAGAAGCCUUGCCCCUCCACGAAUCGCGUCGCGGGAUGUCCUUGUCAAGAAGCAUCGCGCUACAAAGAUAGAACCAGGCGCCUCCUACGGUCCUUUGGAUCUGCCCAGGAAACGCAGGUAUGCUGGCAUACUCUUUGCCAACCCCCCUGCCGCGACCCAUUUGGUUCUGUUGGAGUCCGGCCUCUCCACAGUGAACAACUGGUUCGUAGUUGUCCUUGCAGCGUUGGCCGGCAGCCACCAAGCGCCCUCCCUCGAUUGGGCUGAGGAUCAUACAUAG